AUGGAGAUGCAUAGCUUCAUUUUGGUAGGCAUCAUUGCAAGCUUUCUCUCGGCAGCUUCAGCAGUCCCUGGAAUUGCCACCUUCUACACAAGCUAUGUUCCUUCUGCGUGCUACGGCAACCAGUAUAAUGGGGUGAUGAUCGCGGCAGCCGGAGACGCCAUAUGGAAUGGUGGGGCUGCAUGUGGCAAAUUUUACACCGUUAGAUGCACGGGAGCCCGGAACGCAGUACCGCAUCCUUGCAAGGGUGGCAGCGUGACUGUGAAGAUUGUGGAUCACUGUCCCGGAUGCCCAUCAACCCUCGAUUUGUCACGAGAAGCGUUUUCCAAGAUUGCUGAUCCUGUGGCUGGAAUUAUCAACAUUGAUUAUCGUUGA